AUGGCUGCGUCGCCGGAGAUGCUGCGGAGGUGUUGGUGGGCGGCGGCGGCGGUCUUGUCGGCGGUGCUGACCGUGAGCCGGGUCUCCGCCAACACAGAGGGUGAUGCUCUGUACAGUCUGCGUCAAAGCCUUAAAGAUGCUAACAAUGUGCUGCAGAGUUGGGAUCCCACUCUGGUUAAUCCAUGCACAUGGUUCCAUGUUACUUGUAACACUGACAACAGUGUAAUCAGAGUUGAUCUUGGAAACGCACAACUGUCAGGUGCAUUGGUGUCCCAACUUGGACAGUUGAAAAAUCUACAAUAUUUGGAGCUGUACAGCAACAAUAUAAGUGGGACAAUACCUUUGGAACUCGGGAACUUGACAAACCUGGUCAGUUUGGAUCUGUACCUGAACAAAUUCACUGGCGGUAUUCCAGACACAUUGGGGAAACUCUUAAAGUUGCGAUUCCUGCCUGCUGGUUCGAAUGAUUAUUUUCUAGCCUUGCUUGUUGGAAUGAUUCUAAUAUACUUCUUUCUGGGAAUGUCUACUUGGAAUAACAGCCGUCUUAACAACAACAGUCUUUCUGGUCAAAUUCCACAAUCCUUGACCAAUAUUAGCACCCUCCAAGUUCUGGAUCUAUCAAACAACAAUCUCUCCGGAGCGGUUCCUUCAACUGGCUCGUUUUCACUCUUUACCCCUAUAAGUUUUGGUAAUAAUCCAAAUCUUUGUGGCCCGGGUACUACGAAACCAUGUCCUGGGGCACCUCCUUUUUCUCCACCGCCUCCAUUCAAUCCUCCAACACCACCCGCGGCACAAGGUGACCCUAAAACCGGAGCAAUUGCUGGAGGUGUUGCUGCGGGUGCUGCAUUGAUAUUUGCUGUUCCUGCAAUUGGAUUUGCACUGUGGCGGCGACGUAAACCUGAAGAGCAUUUCUUUGAUGUCCCUGCUGAGGAGGAUCCAGAAGUGCACCUUGGCCAGCUGAAGAGGUUCUCACUAAGGGAGCUUCAAGUUGCUAGCGAUAACUUCAGCAAUAAGAACAUUCUAGGAAGAGGUGGCUUUGGAAAGGUGUACAAGGGGAGACUGACAGAUGGUACAUUGGUAGCAGUUAAAAGAUUAAAAGAAGAACGUACUCCUGGUGGCGAACUCCAAUUCCAAACAGAAGUUGAAAUGAUUAGUAUGGCAGUGCAUAGGAACCUGCUUCGUCUCCGUGGAUUCUGCAUGACACCUACAGAACGGCUACUAGUCUAUCCAUACAUGGCUAAUGGUAGCGUUGCAUCACGUUUGCGAGAGCGAGGGCCAAAUGAGCCGGCUCUUGAAUGGGAAAAGAGAACUCGGAUUGCACUGGGAUCUGCCAGAGGACUGUCUUACUUGCAUGAUCACUGCGACCCCAAGAUCAUUCAUCGUGAUGUCAAAGCCGCAAACAUUCUCUUGGAUGAAGACUUUGAGGCGGUUGUGGGUGACUUUGGACUGGCCAAGCUUAUGGACUACAAGGACACUCAUGUAACCACAGCUGUCCGUGGAACGAUCGGGCAUAUUGCUCCCGAGUACCUAUCCACCGGAAAGUCCUCUGAGAAGACGGAUGUUUUCGGUUAUGGGAUCAUGCUUCUGGAGCUUAUCACUGGACAGAGGGCAUUCGACCUCGCGCGUCUUGCAAACGACGACGAUGUCAUGCUGCUUGACUGGGUGAAAGGGCUGCUGAAAGAGAAGAAGGUGGAGAUGCUGGUGGACCCGGACCUGCAGAGCGUGUACGUGGAGCACGAGGUGGAGGCGCUGAUCCAGGUGGCGCUGCUGUGCACGCAGGGGUCGCCGAUGGACCGGCCCAAGAUGUCGGAGGUGGUGAGGAUGCUGGAGGGCGACGGGCUGGCGGAGCGCUGGGAGGAGUGGCAGAAGGUGGAGGUGGUCCGGCAGGAGGCGGAGCUGGCCCCGCGAAACAACGACUGGAUCGUCGACUCCACCUACAACCUCCGGGCAGUGGAGCUGUCCGGCCCGAGGUAA